GUCACAGUUAGGUUUGCGUUCGCGCCAAACCGUAUUGCUUCUACGUAAGGCUUAACGUUGAAACGUGGAAGGAAGAUAGUCCACUGCCUGAGCUUGAGACCAGUCGGGGUGGUCUUCAGUCAAUUCGUAGAAAGUUGCCACCAAAUUCCAGAUGUGCGCGUACGGUACAUAGCCCAUGUUAGCGAGAGAAAAAAACAGAAGCCUGCGGAAGCCCAGAAGCCGCUGUGCAAUAGGCUAGUCUGAACUUGGUGCGGGGGAGUACACGGAAGACGUCGAACUUGCUCAUCCCAAAAAAACGCUGAUCAGAACUGGGAAGGCGUCGUUGUGCCGCACACGCCUUGAUCCUCGCAUCGAUGUCGUCUGCCCCAGCAUCACCCAUCCAUCCCACCCCCAGCGUUUCCUCUCUACAAUCACCGCACCCAGGGCAUGGCGGCGCAGACGACCAGCAACCAGCUCGAAAGCGAAAAAAGACCAGUGGGGAGGACGGUUCUCCAACCGAACCGCGUCGUUUGCGGCGGUCGCAUGAAGCUUGCACACGCUGUCGAGCAAAGAAAAUCAAGUGCGACUCUAAGCAUCCUAGAUGCACUGCUUGCGCGACGGCGGGGGUUGUUUGCGCUCAAGAGGACCGCCAUCGAAACACGUUGACCCCGCGCGGCCAUGUGGAACGCAUCGAACACCAACUGGCGCAGUGUGAGGCCCUUCUCAAGAGACAUAUCCCAUCGUUUGAACUUCAUGAGCUGGACAACAUUCUUGCCCGUGAGGGUAUUGACCUUCAUCUUGGCUCCCCUCAUGGCUAUGGUUACAGUGGUGGCUUCCCACCGCCAGGGCCCAUGUAUCAAUAUCCAAUGCCGCCUCCGAUAGUAUAUGCUCAGCCUGGCUAUCAUGCACCGCCGCCGUUUUCGGGGCAGCCACCGUACACCCAUCCUCCGCCACCGGCGCCGGCACCGUUGUCUCAACAACCUUCUCCGCCCCGAACGGUCAUCCCAGACAUCAAAGGGCAAGAUCCUCACUCGAAUGAUCUCUCCAACACGCAAGCACUCGCCAAAAACUUCGGCGUCUCCGCGGACAUCGUUUCUGUGAUUGCGAGUAAUCAGGUUGACCGAGAAGACCUCGCCGUCGGCUCGUCGGGACUGACAUCCGGUCGCGACCGCACUAUCCACGAGACUUCGAUCCCGCGAGACCCAGCGCAUUGGGUCACCGUCACUGUCCGCCGCGGCUCCAAUGCGUUCGUCAAUCCGCCGCACAUCGCGACGGUCAUUCCCCACCAAGUGGCCUCCAUUGAUAUCUGGCUUCCCAAAGACCGCAAGAUGGUGAAUGUCAUCGUCGGCAUUUACUUCGCACGGCUCAACAUCCACCGACCGGUCUUCGCGCGACGGGACUUUGACAAGGCCGUUGACGACUUGUAUAUCGGACACAGCCUGCAGCAACACGACCCUGGAUUUCUAUGCAGCUUCUAUCUCGUGCUUGCGCUUGGCACGUUGAGUGAUCUGAACAACCGUUCGGGCACUGAGAUUCACACAAAAGAGCUGCUCAUCAAGAAGCUGAUGCCUGCGGAUUGGCCUGAGCACGACGAGUUCUUCGAGCGUGCUUUGAGUGUCAAGCCAGAUCUCCGAGUCACCAUAUCGAGCUUGCAGGCGCUGAUCCUACUGCACUGGUACUUGUACACCGAGCGGCAAGGACGGACUCUAUGGCGUCUCGUUGGGAGUCUUGUGCGGCUGUCUGUGGAGUUGGGCCUCCAUCAUGAUCCCACAACCCAAAUGAACCCAUCUACCAAGCAGAAAUUGUUCACAGAGGAAGAAUGCAUGCUGAGGAUCAAUCUCUGGGGCAUUAUCUUGAUUCAUGAUCGAGGAACGUCGAUUCUUUUGGGCAGACCACUCGGGAUUGCGCCGUCUGACUCGAACACCCCUCGGCCAUCUCGCAAGGGAGGUCUCAGUGGGCUCGCCGACUUCUCUGAGCAUUUCGAGCUCAGCCAUGCCGUCGCCGAGAUCCAAGCGGACAUUAUCAACUCGCUGUACUCGCCAACUCGCCAGAAGGGCGACACGCUGGUGCGGAACGCCACUCGGGUCAUCAAGAGCAUGUCAGAGUUCCGACGCAGUCUUCCCGACAAAUACCAGUACUAUUUCGGAGGCACGGAUGACUGGAGCCUGGAUCAGAAGACGAAACUAGUCCAAGAUAUCAACGAGGACGAGGGUCUGACAUUGCUCAAGGUUGGGAUAGCACGUUUGCUGCUGUUGCGAGCCCUGUUCAGCUCGAGCGAGUUGAGUUAUGAACAUCGGCACAAAGCUCUGCUGGAUGCAAUCGUGACCGCACACAACGUCAUCAUAGCCCACCAGUCCUUGAUGCAGUUUCCGGAUGUCGCCUUUUUCACUUCGCCGAUUCCGUUGCACAUCGCUGCGAUGGUGAUUUUGUACGGACAGAUGAGCAAUUGCGAGCGCCUCCCUCCUCAAACAGCCAUCGAGGACCUAUGGCUUGCUCUCGACAUGCUUCCUCGUUUCCGUUGGCGCUGGGAACGCAAGGAUCUCAAUGGAGCACACCCGCUGAUCUUCGAGCUUGCAUCUCAUGUCAUGGGCGUCGAUCUGCACCAGGUCGAACCCAGCAACAAUGCUUUCUUCCUUCUCAGCGAGCCGGAAUGGGACGAAGAUUCGACUAUGCCGUCGCCGGUUCCGUUGCCAGCGCAUGCCUCACCCAGCCCCGCCAGUGCCUAUCCCAGCGCAUACGGGCCUCACCAGCGCGCUCUGAAUGCGCCCCCGCCCGGUGGUCCUGCUCCCAACCCGAACGGAAAGCACCUGGUCGACAUCCCCACGGGGCUGUUCUAUCCAUUCUAUACGGACGAGAACGGGAACCCACCGCCAGCAGCCGAGAAUGGCUACAGCCACAUCCUUGCGGCUGCUGCCACGCACGGGCAGCACGGAUCGUAUGGGGGGCAGGGAUCGCACGACACGUUCAUCAGUGAGGAACGCAGCCCCACCACACAGCGCACCAUGCCCUGGAUCAACGGGCCCAAGCUACAGGGGCCCCAUUCUCGCGCUUAUCCCGUGCCUCCCCAAAACUGAUCUCUAGUCUUGAAUUGCUUUGUGUACAUACAAUGGUGUAAAUCUUGUGUAUCAUUCUAGGGUUAUUACAGUGUCUAGGUUUUGCAAACAGAAAAACAAAAAAUACAGCAGUACAGCACACGUCCGGAUCACCCGGUCAGCGUGUGAGCAUAUUUUCCAUGCGUUCCAGAAUCAUAUCUAUCCCCCGUAUCAGAGUGGCGAUCUUGCUGGGAAGAAUCGAGCCGUCGUAUUCAGCGGCUCCAUUGGCCUCGAGGACAGCCCGUUCCAACGCAAUCGGGAGGCUCAGGGUGAUCCUCGUCAGCUGGAUCGUCACUCGGCUGCGCCCCAUGAGAUCAAAGUAGGACAGCCCCCUCAGCGUAUGCUGCACUUCGACGAGCCGCAGCAACUCAGCGUGCAACGCAAACACGCAGGUCCGGCAAGCUGCACCGCAGUCAGCGACAGCUAUCAACGGCAACGCAAAUCCAUCCUUACUGAGUGCGCGAUCGCGGAUGCCUUGCAGCGAAUUCAGCACCGAAUUGAUGCCUUCGUCGCCUAGACUCAACGACGGAUUGAUAUCACUGACAGCCUCUGGAUCGACCGUCAGAGUCACUUCUCGUUCCAGAGCACGGUCUCCUUCGAGAAAGUCGUCGAAAACUCCCACGACGAUGCUCCGGAAUGUGUCUUGCGCAUGGCCGGCGGGGUUCGCCGCAAACACGUCGUAUUUCGCUUGCGGCGACCGUGUGUCGUAUGUCCGCCGGGAGGCGGGCUGACUCAGCACCGAGUAUGCGACGGCGAUUUUUUGGAACGCGAUUGUGGCUCCAGGGUUGUUUGGGAAUUUGCUGCCAGACACGGGGACGUCAGCUGAGCAGAGCAGAAGGGGAUGCGCGAAAUCAAUUCACUCGGGAUGACAGGAGCGGCUUCUUGUUAGGUAGGCUCGCCUGAGGGUCAUCGUGCGCAAGAACUUCAUCCAAAGCGGCAGAUGAUGGGCCUGCAUAUGUCCUCGAGGAGGAUUGAGAGCCUGGAGACUCUCUGCGCGUAGAAGAAGAUGUUGAGCCGCUUGACCAGGUUAUAUGCUUGCGUCGGUAACUGCGUAGGUGUGAGCUGUUGUGAAGGACGCAAAAAGCAUAAAACGUGUACUCGUUUAUUGUACGCUCUUCCUCUUCGUCGACAGGCAGAUAGAAGUAGCUACUGGCCGUCGAAAGGGCAUACGAGAGCAUGAGAGGACAGGGAAAAGUGCAACAACGUGUUUAUGUCAGCCAAUAAGAUAAGUAAAUCGUAAGGGAGUAGUUGGGACGAAAUAGCCCGAUAUGUAAGUAAUGUACGCUCAAAACAUCAGAGAUCAUAGUAAGUCAUAAGUAUGAGCGGUCAAGCGACAGUGACAGAAGACGCCGCUGGGUCUCGGUUGCGCUUCCACCAAGGGCGAGCAACGGAGGGUUCUGAAGUGGGUCCUGCGCUCUCCCGAGCGCUGCUGCUGACACUUGGCGUGAUGCUCGGGCUCACACUUGACGUGUGGCGGUGUCCUAGCUGGAUUCCUUUCGAAUCAGCCGAUGACUCUGUCGUGUACGAUGCGACGGAACCAGUUUCUGCCGAAACAAGCCGCGUGAACGGCGUCACGAGACGCUCGUCGCGGACAGGAGUGGGAUUGAAGAGCGCGUCGAUGAGCGACUCGGUCGGCCCGGGACCAUGCACUCGCGGGAUGUUACGCACAUCGUACGCCUCCAGAUUCUGUCGAGAGAUCUCGAUGGGCGCAUAGAGAUUGAGAGCCCGCGGACGUGUGCGAUACACGUCGUCAUUGGUCGAUAACAAUGUGGUCACCCCAGCGAGGAUCUCCGCGCUAGGCAGCGGAGGCGCUACGAAAUGCGCGACUGGGGGGACGGGCUCGACGGAGAUGGACAACCGCAGAGUCGCGUUCGUCUUGCUCUCCCCCAGCAGAUAGCGACGUGUCACAACACCCUUCGAUGCGACACCCGCAUCAAGGGGGAAGCUAUCCGCGUACUCGGCAAGAUCGAGCUCGACGACUCCCAGGCGCGGGUUAUGGGGUGCGUCGGGAUCGUGGGCGACGACCUUCUGCCACACGGUGAGCUUGAAAGGAUGGGGCAGCAAGCGGGGGAAGUGGCUAUCGCGCUCGAUAGACAUCUGCACGACGGCGUCCAAGUGGUGAUCCCACGUCGCAGAGUGCUCCUGCAACGGCGCCCAUGAUGUCUGGCCGCGUGUCGCCGUAGCGCCUCCCGACUCAUCGGGGUUCACUUCAGAAGACGACGAAGUGGCGGAGCGACUGCUCAUGGGCGGCGCGGGGGCGUUCGGGCUUUCGGCGCUGCGGAAGCUAUCAUCGUCCUCAUUCUCAUUCUCGUGUUCGUGCUCGACAGUGUCCACUCCCCCCUGCUUCCCCCUCUUCCCCUUCAACGUGUUCUUGAACUUCCAUCGUACGCCAAAAGCACCAGUAACGAGGGGGACGCUGGCGAUUUGGUGUAUCGUGAUGCGGACGUGGAAACGUGCGUGGCGACUGGGUAGGAGAUGGGUGAGCUGAGCUUUGAGCCCAGAGGAAUGGGGAAAGUUUUGGGGUUCGGGCCGAUGGUAG